AUGUAAACUUCUUGAGCUGAACAACUUUUAAAGGUAGCUAAAUGCCAGUAUUUUGUGGACUUGUUUAAAAGAAAAAUACUUAAACUAUUUAAACAAAUAGGUUUUACUUGAAACACAGAAUAAUAAAAUGGGCGUAGGUAAUUCUUCUACUUUAGCUGAACGUUCGUCGACGGUUGGACACUUUUGUUGCACAUCUUGUGAGGAAAAUAAUCUUCAGAAUUUGGCGGUCAUUUAUUGUGAGGAAUGCUCAAGGUUUUUUUGUAAAAAAUGUAUCAAACCUCAUAAAAAAUUGUUUAUGAAACAUCGAACAUGUGGAAGGGGAGAUAUUCAGAAAUGGCCAGUUUCAAAGGAGGAUGCUUCUCUUUUACAUAAGGGAGGAGAUUUUCUUUCAAAUACAGAGGAUGAUUUUCUUUCAAAGGAGGAGGGAGAUUUUCUUUCAAAUAAAGAGGAUGAUUUUCUUUCGAAGGAGGAGGGGAAUUUUCUUUCAAAGGAGUUGGAGGAUUUUCUUUGGAAGUGUGACGAGCAUGUGGAUAAAAAACUGUCACAGUUUUGCCAUGACCACAGUCAGCUGUGCUGCUCUGAUUGUGUUGUAAAAAUUCACAGACUAUGCUUACAAGUGACCACAUUACCUCAGGCUAUCAAAGAGAAGUCAUCCGAUUUCAACAACCUGUCUGUCAGAACGGAAAAUACUCUUUCACAAAUAACACAGUUGCAGACCUAUCUCGAGGGCAGAAUGAAAUUUCUUAAGGCUUCAUACAAAGAACAUGAGAGGCUUAUUGUGGAUGGUUUGCGUCUGGGUAUAAUAUCGUUUUUACUCCAAUGUGAAAACAGCACAGUUAAUACAACACAUGAACAUAUGCAAUACACAAUCAAUGAAAUGCGUGAGCAAAUCAAAUAUUUAUUAGCAGAUUGUGAGAAAAGCACUAUUAAGGAGAAGAAAGAAGAACUAAACCUGAAACAAGCUCCUCUCAAGGUUGUGAGACACAGCUGCAUGAGGCUUCAUUAUGAAUUGUUACAUCUCCAUGUAGCCGUACCGAAAGUACUGGGUAAACCUGAACUCUCUUUUAUUGCCAGUAAAAAAUGUCUGGAAAAAAUACAACAGUCUGAUAUAUUGAUAAAAGAGAACUUGUCAAACGAUGUGUUAACUCUGAGUGGGAAGUCUGUGCACAAUGUGAAAAUGCCAAGUGAUUCAAACACAUGCUGGAUCAUAGCGAUGUGUGCUCUCCCAGAUGGACAGGUCCUGGUUGCAGACUAUCACAGUUAUAAAGUCAAGCUGCUGAACCAGUGGUACCAGGUGGUGAGCCACUGUUGUGUGACUUCAUUUAUACAGGGCAUGUGUCAGAUCACACCCAGUGAUGUUGCAGUGGCUGUGAAUGAGAAUCUUAGUAACAUACAUACGGUCCUGUUUAUCACAGUAAGCCAGAGCCAGCUUGCCAUAGCCAGGAAGUUUCAGUUACAACAUAGCUGUUAUGGAAUUGCACACCAUCAGGGUGAACUGUUUAUCUGCUCUGGUACUGCUCUGUUCAAAUACACUCUGAAUGGCAACCAGGUCUGCAGACUCUAUAAAGGUGGAUCACCUUAUACAGAUUCCAUGUCUUGA